AUGAAAGAGUUAGGGGACAAAUUGAUAGCUAGUGGUGUAAAUCUAAGUGACAAAGAGCUGUUACUUUACAUAUUGGACGGGUUAGGACCCGAAUACGAUGCCGUAGUAGCAAAUUUAGUUGCAACCAGUAGUCAGAAAACUUUCCAAGAAGCACAAUUCUUGCUUCAUAAACAUGAGAUUAGGUUGGAGAGGCAGAGCAAUUCUUUCACAAAUCCACAUGAUCAGCUUGCUUUUGCACUAUUAGCAGCUAAACAAAGCUCUAUUGACUCCCCUGUUUCGGCUCAAAACAAUAAUAACAAUGUGCCUCAAGAAAGCUUCAAGCCUGAUCUUAAUACUCAGUUUGUACAGAAUGGUGACUUUGUUAAUCAGUUGACCUUCUCUGGUUUUAUUAAUUGUGGUUCAUCACAAGGACAGUUUCAAAAUCGGUCCAAUGAAUCACCCCAAGCUUUGUUGGCAGCAAAAAUGCUUACUGUUCAAUUUGUGCAAGGUUGUGCACCUUUAUCCUUCAGUCACGACUAUCCUAGUCAUGGUGGAGCAAACUUUUCUCAGUCACCUGCGUAUUACCAACAACCUCAGCAGUCUGUGUUAUUUGGGCCUUAUCACCAAACUGCUAUGUUUCAACUAGAAGCUCCUGGUAGCAAUGUUGCUAAAACCACUCAGAAUAAUAAUCAUUCAGUUCUUCAAAACAACAUACCAAUAGCCACACCACAAGUGCUUGCUGACCAAACAUGGUAUGUCGACUCUAGAGCAGCCGAUCACAUGACUACUGAACCAACCAACCUGGUGGUGAAAGACAACUAUCAAGGUGGAUCACAAGUCCAAGUAGGCAAUGGCCAAACUGUUCCUGUUUCUCAUAUAGGUGAGUCUUUUCUAGCUUCCACUUUUUGUCCUAAAUUACUUCACUUUAAGAAGAUGUUGUGUGUGCUGCAUAUAGCUAAAAAUCUAUUGAGUAUCUCACAAAUAACUAGAGAUAAUGAUGUUGUUGUGGAAUUUUAUUCUAAUCACUGUGUAAUAAAGGAUAAAGCCACCAAAAGGGUACUUAUUCAAGGACUCUUGAAGGAUGGUUUGUAUCAACUGCAAUUAUAUUUUCCAACCACUGUCUCCCUCAAUGAUGAACAAGCUGCCUCUGUCUUUCUAUCUCAAGCAUCCAAUGUUAGCUCUGAUGAUCUUGCUUCCACUUUAAAAAAUAAAGUCACUGAAGCUCCUGCUGUUUCAGCAACCACAAGCAGUGAAAGUAGCUGCAUUGGUUAUAACAAUUCUGAUGUUAGAAAUAGUAAGACCAAAUUGUGGCAUGCUUGGGGCAUCCACAAGAUAAGACUUUGA